AACUGCUGAGCUGCAGAGGAGAGUUGAAGAAAAGGCAAACUGGGCUUAAGAUUUGGAACAUGGGCAAGAGGGAGAAGCAAGCAAGCAAGUUUCAUUGGGACGAAUUAAGUGAGGGAGAAGGAGAAUCAGCUAAUAGGAAAGCCUUGAAAUCUGUAGUACAGAUCAGUAGCGAUGACGAGGCCAAUGAAGAUCUCAGCCUCAAAAUAGUUGAAAAAGCUUUGCUGAUGCGUGCUGCCAAACUGGCCUCAGAGAACGACUCAGCUGCUUCCGAUCUAGGUGGUGUGACUUCUUCGUCUUCUCCACAGGUUGCUGAAGUUGAGGCCGCAGAUCUGGAGACUAAGAAAGUAGUUAAGAAGGACAGGGUGAGGAAGAGUAAAAAGAGGAAAAUUGAAGACCCAGCUGUGAAUCUUGCUAAAGAAGAAGUGAAGGUAGACGAAGGUGGAGCUGUAGAUGAGACAAUUGAACUGAACAAUGUUCAGAUCACUGACAAUAUUGUGCUGCGGAAACUUCUUCGGGGACCAAGGUAUUUUGAUCCUCCAGAUAAGAGCUGGGGCGCAUGCUUUAAUUGCGGUGAAGAAGGGCAUGCAGCAGUGAACUGUACCGUAGCUAAGCGGAAGAAGCCAUGCUUUGUUUGUGGUAGUUUGGAGCACAAUGCCAAGCAAUGUGAAAAGGGACAUGAUUGCUUUAUCUGCAAAAAGGGUGGACAUCAUGCUAAAAAUUGUCCAGAGAAGUACAAUGUUGGCUCAUUGACUUCCAAAAUAUGUUUAAAAUGUGGAGAUUCUGGGCAUGAGAUGUAUUCAUGCAAGAAUGAUUACCCAUCUGAUGACCUCAAGGAAAUUCAAUGUUAUGUCUGCAAGAAAUUUGGUCAUUUAUGUUGUGUCAAGUGUGGUGAUAACAGUGUAAAGGAAGUAUCUUGUUACAGAUGUGGUCAACUGGGACACACUGGUAUGGCGUGCAUAGGCUUCCGUAGUGGGGAAACCACUGUGUCUGAAACCCCUCGUUUAUGCUACAAAUGUGGUGAAGGUGGUCAUAUUGCUCGGGAAUGCAGAACCUCCAAUAAUGCUCGUAAGAGGUAUGAUGAGUUCUCUAACGUAUCUACCCCGACUUUGAGACCUCAUAAAGAAAAGAAAGACUAUAUGGGAUUCUAUUCUGCUCCUAAUGAUCUGAAUAAGAAUAAAAGGAAACAUACCUACUAUGAUGAUAGAGGCUUUACAACUCCACAAAAAGCAAUACAUAGAGGUGGGUGGAUAGUGGAUGAUCCAGAUGACUUCUCCCCUAGAAAAGGCAAGAACGGCUGGAAGUCCCCUGCAACACCAUCUAGUAGGAGCCAUAGGAUUCCAAGUUCGACUGCAGGCAGUCAUGCUUCAAGUUCUAGAUCCUCUAAAAAGUUAUGGAAGGUUUCUGGAGGAACUCCUAUCUCACAAGGAUCAUCUAAGUCUGUUCAUCACAGAUAUUCUGCACAGAGGUUUAACAACUCUGGUACUGAUGGUAUGAGAAGAAAUAACGAGUGGUGGUAGGCAUAGAAGAUAAUAUUUAUACACAAGUCUGAAUAGGUUUUAUGGACAAGUUUUACAUGCCCAACUGCCCAAGUGUGGCUGCACGCACGCAUGCUUGUUGUACUGUCAUCCGUUUAGGAUCCUUUGAGCUCAUUCUUUUGUAUGUUUUUAAAUGUAGCGCCACCUCUUGAUUCUUUAUACAUUUAUUUACAUGUUUUAUUUUCUAUAGAUUCGCAAUUCUAUGAAGGCUUUAUAUG